AUGGAGCACCGCAUAGUGGGACCCGGUCCGUACCGGGCCACCAGGCUGUGGAACGAAACGGUGGAGCUUUUCCGGGCCAGGAUGCCUUUACGGAAACAUCGUUGUCGGUUCAAGAGUUAUGAGCACUGCUUCACUGCAUCGGAGGCUGUGGACUGGCUACACGAGCUUCUGAGGAACAGUCAAAACUUUGGGCCCGAGGUAACCCGGAAACAAACAGUCCAGCUGCUGAGAAAAUUCCUGAAGAAUCACGUUAUUGAAGACAUCAAGGGAAAAUGGGGUCAGGAGGAUUUUGAAGACAACCGUCACCUCUACAGAUUUCCUUCUUCCUCACCCCUGAAGCCAUAUCCAAAGAAGCCCCUGUAUCAAAGAGAUGUUAUUAAGUUUCCAGAAUGGAAUGAUCCCCCACCAGGCACUUCACAGGAGAAUAUUCCAGUGAGGCCGAUUGUGAUGAACUCUGAGAUGUGGUUCAAGCGCCACAGUAUUGCUAUCGGAGAGGUGCCGGCCUGCCGUCUAGUCCACCGCAGACAGCUGACCGAGGCCAACGUGGAGGAGAUCUGGAAGUCUACGACGUUGUCACAUUUACAGAAAAUUCUUGGCCUCGAUUCCUUGGAAGAAGUUUUAAACACCAAGCUUGUCAACUCCAAGUUCAUCAUUCACAAUGUGUACAGUGUCAGCAAGCAGGGAGUCGUCAUCUUGGACGACAAGUCGAAAGAACUUCCUCAUUGGGUCCUGUCAGCUAUGAAGUGUUUGGCAAAUUGGCCCAACUGUCCAGAUUGGAAGCAGCCUAUGUACUUGGGAUUUGAGAGAGACGUCUUUAAAACUGUGGCAGAUUACUAUGGCCACCUGAAGGAGCCGCUGCUCACCUUCCGACUUUUUGAUGCUUUCGUCAGUGUAUUAGGUUUGCUGCCAAAGGAGAACAUGGCAAUUGAAGCAUUUCAGAUUUGUUGUCUCCUUCUGCCUCCUGAAAACAGGAGAAAGUUACAGCUGUUGAUGAGGAUGAUGGCGAGGAUCUGUCUAACAAGGGAAUGCCCCCACUGUGUGAUGGCUUUCGGCACCCGCACACUGAUGGUUCAGACAUUUUCGUGCAUCUUGUGUUCUAAGGAUGAAGUCGACUUAGAUGAGUUGCUAGCUGCUCGUUGUGACAUUCUGAUGGACAAUUACCAGGAGAUUCUGAAAGUUCCUGUGGCCCGCUGCAGACUCCAUAGAAAGCGUGUGGCUCAUCUGCGAAUAGUCCAGAUAAAAUACCCAGGAGCUGUGGAUAUCACUCUCUGUCUGCCGCCUUCAUUUUGCCGUCAAAUUACUGAGGAGUUUGAGUACCAAAGGGCUAUGGCUCCCAGGAGGCCCCUGGCAGCCUUGUUGGAAGAAGUCAUAGCGGAGACAAUCUCCAACAAGGAGAAGAAGAAGAAGCUGAAGCCGUUUCAGAAAUCUUACCCUGAAGUCUACCAGGAACGAUUUCCUACCCCAGAGAGUGAAGCACUUCUCUUUCCUGAAAAACCCAAGGCCAAACCGCAGCUGUUCAUGUGGGCACUGAGGAAGCCUUUCCAGCCGUUUCAGAGAACUAGAAGCUUCCGGAUGUGAUGCGGUGACAGAGCUUGAGAGACCUCCGUGGUAGAGACAGGUUGGGUCAGUGGAGCUUCAAGAAGGCUGUUGUAAACUACUGAAAUACAAAGUUUCGGAUC